AUGGCACACGUUCCGGAAGUGGCACGCAUAGCCACUUCUGCUAGCACACGAGAGGUCGCCUGGAAGAGACCCACUGCACAUGCCCACGUGCCGUCUGCCCAACAGCUGAUUGUCAGAACAUACAUUCAGCCACGGGGGGGCCUUUGGUGUUCCAGAUUCUCUGUGAACCUGGUGUGUGCGAAUGGAGACAUCGCCUUCCACUUCAACCCACGGUUUGAUGAAGGCAACAUCAUUGUCUGCAACACGCAAGAAAAAGGCUGCUGGGGACCCGAGGAACGGACGUGCACAAUGCUCUUCCAGCGAGGCGUCUCUUUUGAAGUGAUCAUCAACAUCAGGAGCUGUGGUUACCAGGUUUCUAUCAAUGGCAGCCAGUUCAUAAACUACCGACACCGCCUUCCCAUGAAUCUGGUCCAGACUCUGCAGAUCAAAGGGGACGUCUCCUUGAGCUGCAUCAAUUUCACAGGAGGAUUCGUUCCACCUCCUUAUGCUCCUCCACCUUACAAUCCCAUCCCACCUAUGACUAACGUUGGCGGAAUGACGGUGUGCAAUCCGGCCACCCCGUUUAAUGCCUUUCUUUCGGGGCGUUUCUUUCCCUUCUGCCAGAUCAAAAUUGUGGGGAGCAUCCCUUAUUCAGCAGACAGAUUUCAUGUGAACCUGAAAAACAUCCUGCUGGGCAACAUCGCCCUGCACGUUAACCCCCGGUUCAAAGAGGGAGCGCUAGUCCGGAAUUCCUUUAUCAACGGCGCUUGGGGAAGCGAAGAGAGAAAUGUUGCCUUCCUGCCCUUCUGUCCCGGGCAGGCCUUCCAGCUGGAGAUCACCUAUCUGGAAAACUGCUACCAGGUGUUGGUGAAUGGCCAGCUGAAAUUUGAAUAUGUCCAUCGGAUCCCUCCCUCUCAAGUGGACCAACUGGAAAUAGCUGGAGACGUCAUCCUUUCCUGCGUGCAGUACUGACGGCCCCCCCGUGCGAAUGGAAUGCAUCCUGUUUCUGCUUUGAUUGACAAGAGGACGAGAACUC